AUGGGGUACCUGAGGUUUCUUGGCGUUUGGUGGCUGGUUUUCUGUGUCGCAACAGAGACAAGCGAGGACCCUCCGGUCGUCACCACGAGCCAGGGUCGCAUCGUCGGCACGAGGCUCGAGUUCAGCCCCACCGACCCCGCGCUUCGCCGGCGCGUGGACGCCUACCUCGGCAUACCGUACGCUGAGGCUCCCGUCGGCCCGCUGCGCUUCAAACCUCCCGUCGCUAAGUCAUGGAGCGGGGAGCUUCAGGCCACCAAGCUGGGCAACCGCUGCCCACAACCCCUCGUGCCUUUCGGAAAUUACACAAUGACUGGGCCGUUCGAUGAAGAUUGUCUAUUUCUUGAUGUAUUCGUGCCUCAGCCUGUCCCUCCAGGUGCAGCUGUUCUUGUGUACAUUCAUGGCGGUGGCUACCUUGUAGGAACUGGUGUUAUGGCACAACUGUCCCCGAUCCCCACUGCUGCUGUUGGUGACGUCAUUGUUGUAACACUGAACUAUCGUCUCGGCUCUUUUGGCUUUCUUUCGACCAAUGAUGACGUUAUUCCGGGUAACAUGGGUCUUUUGGACCAGCGUCUAGCCUUGGCAUGGGUGAGAGACAACAUCCAAGCUUUCGGCGGUGAUCCUGCGCGAGUGGCCAUCUUUGGUUUGAGUGCUGGGGCGGCUAGCGUGGGUUUGCACAUGGUGUCACCGGGAAGCGAAGGUCUCUUCCGAGGAGCCAUCUUGGAGUUACUUGAGAAAUUUGGUCGGGGACAACUUCUACCCUUUGCACCCGUUGUCGACGGUGCGGUCAUCCCUGCUGACCCCGAUGAUCUCCACGAGCGGGGCGCCAUCAACGAUGCGGUUUCUAUCAUCGGGGCGUUUGCUUAUGAUGGUAUGUUCGAGAUACAAAAUGACUUCCCCAGCAACACCGACGAGGCACCGUUUGUCGACAGUGACACCUACGAUGCCAAAGCUAAAUUUCACCUGGCAUUGGCAGUGAGCCCCGAACCAAUCGUCGCAGACGCAGCCAAGAUGAUGUACGCUGACCCUUCCUGCGCGGACACACCGGACUGUGACUAUCUCCAGAGCCUCUCGCAGGCUAUCGGCGACGCCAUGUUCGUCUGUCCUGGGGUGAAAACGGCCAAAGCCUUCACCAAGGCGGGCCGUAAGGUCUACCACUACCACAUGAGUCAUGUCCCCACUACGCCCAUGCUGGGCAAUAAGUGGACCAAGGCGACUCACGGCGACGAUCUCAUUUUCGUCUUUGGUCUGCCUCUCAUCCCUUCUGCAAACUGGUCGUUCACCGAAGAUGAAGCCCGGAUGUCGAUCCAAACCAUCAAAUACUGGUCCAAUUUGGCUAAAACUGGCAAUCCUAAUCUAUCCGCCAUGGAUGACGAGCAGGGGGAGGAGGCGACACUGCCAGAAUGGCCGUUGUUUACCCUCGAGGAACUUGCCUAUAAAGACCUGUCACCAUCCAUGGGGAAUGGGCGUGGCAUCAAGGCGAAGGAGUGCCUCAUGUGGAAUGAGUUCAUACCAAAAGUCAUACAGACUACUGAGGCUAAAAAAUGCUACGGUAAACGCCGAAGAGGUGACAAGCUCAGGAGAAAGAUAUCAUAG